AUGUCUCUCAAGCGCAAGGCAUCCUUCUCUGCGGCCCCAUCGAGCCCAUUUGUUCCCAUGUCCUGCGAAGUGGACAUGGUUGAUAGCUUCAAACACCUCCACAGCCGAACAAGAAAGCGUUUUCGCGAUGGUCGCCCAGAUGAUGAAGUAGUAUAUGCGAAAACUCUCCGUUGGAUCUUCUCAGCCCAGCAACAACCGAUGGCAGCCCCGAUGGACACAAGCGAAGAAAUAAUGGAGGAAAAUCACUCUCAAUCCUCCGAAACCGUCGAUCCUCGACAACACACCUUGCUGCGAUUCUUCCAACCUCGAACACAGCCCACCGUUCAAUUCAAACCAUCCCGUGAGGCACUGGUGCCUCGUGCAAAUGAGACUAGCAUGACCCAGGAUGAGACUCUGCGACGCGCAGCAUUUCAGCAGAUGACUGUCGGUGCUGGCUCGAGUGGAAAUGAGACGGUGAGUACAGAGUUCAACCAUGUGGAUAUGGACAUGGACAUGGACACAGAUGAGAGCAGUGAAGGCUCCAAUUCAUCUCCAAACGUGGGCGCAAUGGCUUGGAUGUGA